AUGGGACUUCUUCCACAGCUGGACCCUGAGCAGGAUGCCUCCAGGAGAGGCUUGCGCAGCGCUCAGGAGAAGAUGGCCUACUCCCUGGUGUCUGUGCCCGAAGGAAACGAUAUCUCCUCCAUAUUCGAGUUGGACCCGACCACCUUGCGAGGAGGAGACAGCCUCGUCCCCAGGAACUCUUAUGUCAGACUUCGGCACCUUUGCACUAACACCUGGGUUCAUAGCACCAAUAUCCCUAUUGAUAAAGAGGAGGAGAAACCUGUGAUGCUUAAAAUUGGUACUUCUCCCGUGAAAGAGGACAAAGAAGCUUUUGCUAUAGUACCAGUUUCCCCUGCUGAGGUUCGGGACUUGGAUUUUGCGAAUGAUGCAAGCAAGGUUUUAGGUUCCAUUGCUGGCAAAUUGGAAAAAGGAACAAUAACCCAGAAUGAAAGAAGGUCUGUUACCAAAUUGUUGGAGGAUUUGGUCUACUUUGUUACUGGCGGAACUAAUUCUGGGCAAGACGUCCUUGAGGUGGUGUUUUCCAAACCUAACAGAGAACGGCAAAAACUAAUGAGGGAACAGAAUAUUCUAAAGCAGAUUUUUAAGUUGUUGCAAGCACCGUUUACGGACAGCGGUGAUGGCCCGAUGUUGCGGUUGGAGGAGCUUGGAGACCAGCGUCACGCUCCUUUCAGACACAUCUGCCGCCUUUGCUACAGAGUGCUGAGGCACUCCCAGCAGGAUUACAGAAAGAACCAGGAGUACAUUGCGAAGCAGUUUGGCUUCAUGCAGAAGCAAAUUGGCUACGACGUCUUGGCCGAGGACACGAUUACAGCGCUGCUUCAUAACAAUCGCAAGCUCUUGGAGAAGCACAUCACGGCUGCUGAGAUUGACACUUUUGUUAGCCUCGUGAGGAAGAACAGGGAGCCCAGGUUUUUGGAUUACCUCUCGGAUCUGUGCGUUUCCAUGAACAAGUCUAUUCCGGUGACGCAGGAGCUGAUUUGUAAAGCUGUGCUGAAUCCAGCAAAUGCGGACAUUCUCAUUGAAACGAAGUAA